ACAACCUCGUAAUACCAGCCCAGGCAAUAAACACCCUCAAAUCUUCAAAGUCCCCUCCAUCAUCAUCACCCAAUUUCCUUCAAGCCUUGAAUUCUUCAAAUUCUCCAUAAAAAGUCUUCAUCUCAUCACCCUUCACUUCCCCCCUCUCGGAGCCUCUGUGCCAUCAUAUUUAUAAAUUGAGAAGAGAGUGAGAAUUGGGUUGAGGGGAUAAUGGGUUGUUGCAGCAGCAAGAGUGCGGACACAACAGCCAGCCGCUUGGCUCGGUGGCGUUCCACCGGAAUCGUCGCUUUACGCGAUUCCAAAUUGAAGACAUUUCCAGAUGAAGUUCUUGACCUAGAAAGAUCUGUGCGUACACUUGAUUUAACAUGUAACAAAAUAGUUGAAAUUCCAGUUGAGAUCAACAAGUUAACGAACUUGCAGAGACUGAUUUUAGCGGAGAACCUUAUAGAGCGCCUUCCAGUGAACCUGGGAUUGCUUCAAUCUGUGAAGGUUAUGACACUUGAUAAGAACAGAAUGACAACCUUGCCUGAUGAAUUGGGCCAGUUAGUGAAGCUGGAGCGCUUAUCUGUCUCGUCAAACUCUUUAGUAAGCUUGCCCGGAACAAUAGGGAGCUUGCGCAAUUUAGUACUAUUAAAUGUGUCGAGUAACAAUCUGAAAAUUUUGCCGGAAUCCAUUGGAAACUGUUUCUCUUUGGAGGAAUUGCAAGCAAAUGAUAACACUAUUGAAGAACUCCCUGCUUCUGUGUGCAGUCUUGUUCAUUUAAAAUCACUUUGCUUGAACAAUAACAAUCUUAAACAGAUACCUCCAAAUUUGUUAAGAGAGUGCAAAAGUUUACAGAACAUAUCCCUUCAUGGCAAUCCUAUUUCUAUGGAUCAAUUUCAACAGAUUGAAGGUUUUCAAGAAUUUGAAGAUCGGAGGAAAAAGAAAGUCGACAAACAGAUCGAUUCUAAUGUGAUAAUUAGUUCUAAUGGGCUCGACGUAGGUGUUGACCACUGACAUCUCUGUAAAGGUAGGUGCUUUAGGUGCUACCAUUACACCCUUUAUUAUCUCUUUUCGACCUUUGCAUUUCAUGCCACCGAGGGUAAAACUUUUCAGGAAAGCUGGACUUGGGUUCGGUGAAGGAAAGGAAAACAUGUUGUCUUGCAUGCAUGAGGGGUGCGCUAAAAACUUUCUCGACGAAUAGGAAGCUUCUGGAUCUUGUAUGUAUAUACUGCUUCCUCGGUAUAGUAUUUUGAUUCGGUGAUUUUACUGAAGUAGCUGCAGCUGAGCAGCAAAUCGACAUGUCUGUUGAAGAGCAGAACUGCUUGCACAGCCCUAAUGACAUACAUUGUAUGACUACACAUUUUUAUAGUGAUUGAAAAGGAAGUCUUCUUAUGACAUUUUUGUGA